AAACGGGUCGGACUCCACAGCCAACCAGACAUCGUCAUAGCUUGUCCCUCGCGAAUACCACGCAUAUCUGCUACUAUAUACAUAUCACACUAUAUAUAUCUGGUCGCCCAGCGUACCAGAGUCACGGGGUAGGGGAAUUGUCCGAGAGAAAUGUCUCUCAAUCGCAUCUCCUUCCUGGAGUCUUGGGAACAGAACCCUGCUGCAUUCCGCCGUCAGCCGAGGCCAGAGGACUCGGACGAUGAAGAUAGAUAUCAUGACCUCCCGGAGCCUUCAUUGUCAUCAUCCUUUCAAUCAAACAUUAGUAGUCGUCCCCCCUUCCGAGAUCGCCUGAACUUUAAUCCUUAUGCUGGACCCGGUUGGAACGAGACCUUCGUGGAUGAGCCCGAUAGACCCUACCGAGGUGCAUCACCCAGACGCCUUCGGGCUGAUGAAGCCGAACCUUUGGAGCAACCAGAAGAGGAUGACACACCGAGGCCACAGCAACCUGCGGGUCUAGAAACUACGGGAGCCUUCGAGGUUAGCCGCUUGAAACGAAUCUUGCAGGUAUGUAUCGCAGUUGUAUAUUGCUUGCUCUCUGCAGGAGUAGUCUUUGGAUUCGCGGCAAUCAAGCCUAUCUUCGUUAAAGAAGGAGUCUAUCGCAACCUGUGCUCAAAGGACGAGCUCGAUAGCGGCUCAGAUGUAUGCUAUCGACAGGACAUCCGGCUAAACUUAAUGUUUACGGUAGCCGCCGUUGCAACAAAUGUGUCAGCCUUGCCCGUAGGUGCCAUACUAGACACCCAUGGCCCCCGCGUGUGUGGCAUCAUCGGCAGUAUCUGUUUGACCGUGGGCAGUCUUCUACUCGGACUCGCCCCCAAACUAUCCUUUGAUGCUUAUUUACCAGGAUACCUCUUUCUAUCCCUCGGGGGCCCCUUCAUCUUCGUCCCAUCAUAUCAACUGUCGAACACCUUCCCGACCCACUCUGGUCUGAUCCUGUCCACCCUCACGGGUGCUUUCGACGCUUCCAGCGCACUUUUUCUCGUGUUUCGGCUAGUAAACGAGAAGACUGAUGGGGCCUUCACUACAUCGAGAUUCUUCAUUAUCUAUCUCAUUGUACCAAUUUUCAUCCUCACUGCUCAGCUAACAGUCAUGCCCACAACCUCCUACAAGACGGCAGGAGAGCUUGUCCAGCAGGCGGAAGACCAAAUCGUAGCGGAGGCAACUGACCGGGUGGACGAAGCUAUUGAUGACCGUAACGAAGGGGAACGGCAGCGCAACGACCGCCGUCUUCAGCGGCAGACUGUUAUCAAUCAAAUUGAGGACUUGCUACAUGCCCCUGCGCCCGAGCAGGACCAUCAGUCACAACUAGAAGUAGAGCAGACUGCGACCAUCUCUCACACUGCUGGCGGCGUCUGGGGUGCCCUUCAUGGCCGCUCAGCCUUGCAGCAAAUUCGCACCCCGUGGUUCGUGCUCAUCACACUCUUCACCGUCCUCCAAAUGCUUCGAAUCAACUACUUCGUCGCCACCAUUCGUCAACAAUACACCUAUCUUCUAGACUCGUCCGAGCGUGCCAAAGCGUUGAAUUCUACUUUCGACGUUUUACUCCCUCUCGGCGGCCUGAUCUCCGUCCCCUUUACUGGCGCCAUCCUCGACAAUGCUAGGACCCCAGUUGUGCUUGGUAUCCUCGUUAUCACAGCCACGGUCAUUGGCCUCCUCGGCUGCAUCCCCAGCAUCCUCGCCGGUUACGCCAAUAUCAUUCUCUUCGUCAUAUACCGGCCGUUCUACUAUACGUCCGUCUCUGACUACUCUUCCAAGGUCUUCGGCUUCCAAACCUUCGGCAAGGUAUACGGCCUCAUCAUCUGUCUUGCGGGAUUAGGAAACUUCGCUCAGACAGGCCUCGACACACUUGUCUUCCGCGUCUUCGACCGCAAUCCCAUUCCCGUCAACGCGAUACUCACAGGAAUAACCUUCCCCGUUGGCUUAGCUUUGGUCGCAUACGUCUCAUGGCAGACAAAGAAGCUAGCCGCCGCGAAGUUAGCCCAAGAAGAAGCCGCAAAUGGAGCCAACGCUGAGAGUGGACUGGUGGCAGGCCACGAUGACCGGGUGAAUGCUCGGGACUGGUAUGCGGAUGAGACGACACCGCUGCUAGGUAAUAGUAUCCGGGGCCGCCGACCUUCCUUUGCAGUUGGAGGCCCGUCUUCUUAACUUGCCUUGCUGGAUAAGAAAGGCUUAUCG